AUCAUCCCGACCAAACAACAGUCGCACCGCCGCAAUAUUUAACAGGGAAAAGUCUGGAAAACCUGUGAGAGGAGAAAAACAUGCCCAUGGCUGACGCUCUGUUGCUCUCUUGCUCUUUGUAUGAGAGAGAGUGAAGGAGGCAGCAGGACGCAACCCAGCGGUUGGCAGCCUACACUACUUCCUCAUCCUGGCUGCUGUGUGGAGGCAGAAAGCCGUUGCUUGUGACCCUUGAUUUUCACCUUUAGUCUUCCUCUGUAGAUCUCAGCAAAGGACAAAUACUGUGGUCAGUUGUGCUGCAGGGCUCUGAGUUAGAGGGCAGAUUCAAGGACAGCAUCCAGCACCAAACACGUGUAGUUGGCUGAUACGUAACCAUGAUGAAAACGGGCGCCACCAAGAUGGGGCUGCCCAAGUCGGGACUCCAGGAACGGGGGAGGCAGGCCUCUCUGACUUCUUCCACCACCACUAACACCUCCGCAUCCACGAAGACCUCCAGAUCCUCCAACACGCUUGCCUCAGACCAGCGCCUCAGCAGGCUGAAAAGGGCCAGCAGUGACGACGCCUUGACAAAGCCAGCAGUGGGCGCUGUUGCCUCUGGCUCCCGGAUGAAGAAGACUGUGACCACUGGAGCCAUUUCUGAUCUUGCUGAGGCCCGCCCACGCAGCCUCUCAGGUGCACAAGCUACAAAAAAGUCUGGGAUCCCAGCUCCAAGAGAAGUCCCUUUUGCCAUAACAAGAGAUCGUGUUUCUCUGAGGGACCAGCUGAGGAGUGCUUCCACAAAAAAGAUGGUUUCUAGUGCCAGCACCUCCAGUCUCUCCACCCUGGCAAAGCAGACACGUAGUUCGGCGAAGUCCCGUGCAGAUGCAGAUAGCCAGGAGAGGGGCCUUCUGGAGGGCCAGGUGAAAGAGCUGCUCGCUGAAGCCAAGGCUAAAGAUUUAGAGAUCAGCAAUCUCAGGAUCGAGUUGCAACGAUGCAAGGGUAAGGCCUCCACCGCUUCCUCUUCACCUUCUCCCAACUCUGUUCCAUGGCAAGAGCUUGGAGCUGAUCGCGAACAGGAGCAGAUGGGAGAAGCCCUUGUGCUGGUUGGGGAGCUGAGGGAGAAGAAUGGGAAGUUUCAAAGAGAACUGGCAUCCCUAAGGGAGGAGAACCAGGCCCUCAAGCAAAAGCUGCUUUGCCUAGAGGCUUCUCCUCUCUCUGACACAAACACAAGCACUCUCCCCAAGUCUUUGGUGAAUGGCCUACUCUCAGACUCCUCUCCACCUCAGAAAGACAGUCCCCCCUCCGCCACCAGCCCACUGAAAACGUCUGUCUCCUCCAGCUCUGACAUAACCAAGGAGUCGCCGUCACCUGAUUCCUCAGAGUUUGAGAAAAUUCCAUCACGCUCCGAAUCGCUGAGCAGUGGUGUCAGUGGUGAAGCUGCAGCAAACAAUGCAGGAGGGCAGGAUGUAUCAGUGCAGAGCCUAACGGAACAGAUUCACAAGAUGGAGGAGAGUCACCACAGCACAGCAGAGGAGCUACAAGCGACGCUGCAGGAACUGGCUGACCAGCAGCAAGUGGUGCAGGAGCUGACUGCUGAGAAUGAGCGUCUGGCUGAGGAGAAGCGCCUCUUGCAGACCUCGCUUCAACAGCAGAGAGAGCGUCUGGAGGUGAUGUCCCAGAAGAAUGAGACGCUGGCUGUUCGACUUCAGGAGCAAGUGGAGGCUCAGGCCCAGAAGGAGAAGGAGCUGGGUAGCCAAGGACCUCGGCUGGCAGAGCUGGAGCAGAGGUAUGCCGAGCUGGUGGAGAGCUCACGCUUCGAACGGGAGAAACUGGUCGACAUCCAGCAGCAACUGACGGGCAGCUUGCGUGCUCUGGAGGAGGAGCACCAGGGGGCCCAGGGCCAGGUGCGCUGCCUCCAAGAGGAGAUAGACAAGUUGCAGUCUCAGCUGGAGCGGGAGCAGGAAGUGGGACGUCAGGCAGCACAAGCUGCAGAGGAGCACAGGGCCACGGUGGAAUGUCUCAGAUUGGAAAACAGCAGGCUGAAGGCACAGGUGGACAUUGAGAGGCAGAAGGUGGGUGAGCUGAAGGCCAUGCAAAGUGCCAGUGACAGCACUGAGCUGCAGAAUUUGCUGAAGACAGCCCACGCUGAGAGAGACAAGCUCGAGGUGGAACUCACAGAGCUGAGGCAGGAGCUCCUUCAGGCCCAGGCUGAGACUGAGCAUGUGCGAGCCUCGGUGUCCAAGGUGAAUGUCAAAUGCCAGCAGGUUCAGGAGCGGGCCGACAAGAGAGAGCAGGAUCUAAUCAGCCGCGUGACUUCACUGGAGGAGGCUGCUGUCCAGGCUGAGAACCAGGUGAAGGAUCUGAAGGAGACGAUCUUUGAGCUCGAGGACCAGGUGGAGCAACAGAGAGCUGUAAAUUGCCACACCAAGCAAGCUGUCCUGGACAUGGAGAAUCUGGUCAAAAAGCUGGAGGAGCAGAAAGCUGAAACAGAGCGACAACUGAAAGUUGUGAACAGACAGAUGAAGGACGAAAAGGAGGAGUGGCGUCGUUUCCAAGCAGACCUCCAGACGGCCGUGGUUGUGGCGAACGACAUCAAGGUGGAAGCUCAGCAGGAGCUGCGUUCACUUAGGAGGCAGCUGCAAGAGGAGCAGGAUCGCAGUGCGAAGCUUUCCGCAGACCUCGAGUCCCUGCAGGGAGUCAGGUCCCAAGGUGCUGAGGGGAGAGCGUCUGACUCCGACAGCAGCCGUCAGUGGUGUGGCAUCUCCAUGAUCCCGACCACGCCCCUCGACGCCAGCGGAGAAGCCGACUCGGAGCCCGGAGCUACCGUCAAAUCCCUCAUUAAGUCCUUUGAUACUGUUGGACAGAAUGGACCAGGGCACACGGUUCAAAUGCAUCCAUCCCCAAGAAGCCCGCUGAGUGGGAUCCCUGUACGCACUGCCCCUGCAGCUGCUGUCUCCCCUAUCCAGAGACUCUCGUAUAUAAAGCCACUAUCAAAGACACUGGAAAAAAGAAUUAACCACGGAGAAUUCUCUCAUCCUCACGAUAAGUUGUCAAACUGUGGGGAAGAUCUGAAACCUAACAGCCUCAUGAGGAAGAGCCCGUCCCUAGAGUCUGUGAUCAAAACCCCUGCUUCCCUCAGCAGCCGCACAAACUACAACCGAGGCAGCAGCAAGCUCAGCGUGGAAAGAAAGGACCCCUUGGCUGCACUGGCGCGGGAGUAUGGAGGAUCUAAGAGAAACGCUCUACUGAAGUGGUGCCAGAAGAAAACAGAAGGCUAUCCGAACAUCGACGUGACCAACUUCAGCAGCAGCUGGAGUGACGGCCUGGCUUUCUGCGCCCUGUUGCACACUUAUCUGCCUGCCCACAUCCCUUACCAGGAACUCAUCAGUCAAGAUAAGGUCCGGAAUCUGACCCUCGCUUUUCAGGCUGCAGAGAGCAUUGGUAUCAAACCCUCCCUGGACAUUGAGGAGCUGAUGAAGACCGACAGACCAGACUGGCAGAGCGUGAUGCAGUACGUCUCCCAGAUCUACAAAUACUUUGAAACCUGACCGGGAAGUCAGAGGAGCUGGGGGCUGAUGGAGAUCUGAGGCAAUGCAGGACUUAUUUUGCCCUAGUGCCACGUUCUUCUUUCAGACCGACACACACAGCGACGUUAACUCAUCUCCUCCCAGACACUAGAGACGUGACCAAGGAAAUUUAAAAGCUCACCACCGUCAGAAUAACCACAGUCAGGAAACACAUCACACUUUUUACAAGCUGAGAGUUUGAUUCACAGACAAAGAGACAAUGAUGUAAAACACUAUUCAGGCCUCGUAGCAGUUGACAGCCUAGAUUAGAGAACAUGUCUUUCCAUUUGGAUAAAAAUAUGUGACAACUGUUUAUAGAGAACACCAACUGUUUAUAGAAAAUGACUUCCUCGCCGUUGUUUUGUGAAUCAGAUGCUCUGUGGAAUGAUCUGGCCUUUUGAAACGUGUGCCAAGCGUUUUUUGCCAAAACACGACCUACACGUGACUAUCUAUGCAUGGUUUAAGUGUGACCUCUCGCCUCCUCUCAGUCGACAACAUGCAGCCACGAGAGCGCCAGACAGAAGAUCUUCUGAAAUGCUGCGGCUCACUUCUCUUUCUUAGUACUUACUGUAAACAAGCCGGAGUCCGCGUCAAGUUGACUUGUCCUUUACAGGGCAGAGAGUGUUUUCCUCCGACAGCUUUGAGUUGAACUGAAGCUUUUAUAUUUUCCAUCAAUUAGGCCAACCUUAGACUCCAUCUGAGACGAGACACUAAACUGACUCAAGAGUUGCUGAAUAGUUUUCUAGAAAUAUUUUUAUGAGUAGACUGAUCUCUGUGUUUGCGUUGUUUACAGCGGUAAGGACUGAAUCAAACCAUCGUGCUGUGCCCUCUUGUGCCGUUUUCUUCUCGUUCUCCAUCACAGAUUCUCUUCGACCACGUGGUACUGCAGCUGCUUUGCAAAAUUUAUGUAAGUGUGUUUCGCAUGCUGUGUUGAAUCGGGAAGGAGAGAGCAACUUUUACACGUAGGAUCUGAGGGCACAGCUCCGUCUCUGUUGGUAUGAUUUAGACAGACAUCUGUUUGCAAGGUUAAGAGUGAUAUUUAUUUAUUUGCGGCGUGGACAGAAAUGGAUGCAGUUUUCUACUUACAGAUGUUAGAUUUGAACGCCUGUCGGAUGUUUAUUGCUUAAUAAAGAAUUAUUUUCAAUCACUAAA